ACCACGAGCCUCCGCCGGUGCGUCAGCGUAAGUCCGCCGUGUGGAAACCUCCUCCUCCCUCUCCUCCUCCGCCUUUCAGCGCCCGCUGUCAUUCGUCCAAGUCGAGCCAGCCGGUGCGGUCGUGGCGCUGGUGGAGUGGAGCGUCGAGAGCCGCAUGUAAAUGAACCGCCUCCGCGUUGGUCACCUGAGGAUCGAGCGGAGUAAACCCGCAUGUCCCGUCUCCCGCCGCGGCUCCCCGACUCCCUUCACGUACCGAGCGGGGAUCCGAGCGGAUUAACCUGCAGUGCCGCGGAUCCCAGGCUGGCCGCCAGUCGCGCUACAAACACGGAGUGCCUCGCUGCCACCCCCUGGUGACCAUGUGGAGCGUGAGCGCGGGGAUCCUGGCCCUGGCCGCCGUCGCCCUCUGCUCGGCAGACCCUGACGCGCAGAGGCUCCGACACGACUCCAACUUGGAGAUCUACAAGCGGCUGUUCGAGACGAAGAGGAAGGACCAGCUGAACGCGCUGAAGAAUCUGGUGGAGCUGAACGACAUCAACCAGCAGUACAAGAUCAUAGACAUCAUGCUCAAGGGCCUUUUCAAGGUUUUGGAGGACUCGAGACAAAUCCUGGUUGCAGCCAACAUGCAGCCUGAUGACCCCUUCCCCCUGGACGAUAAAAUCAAAGAAGCCUAUUCUCACGUGGUGGAGAACACGGCGUUCUUCGGCGACGUGGCGCUGCGCUUCCCGCGCAUCGUCCACCACUACUACGACCGCAACACCGACUGGGGAGGCCUGCUGCGCUGGGGGCUGAAUUUCUGCAACCAGACGGGAGUCUUCACGGGAGGAGCCCACCAGCAUGUCCUCACCCUCAUGUCACAGGAGCUGGGAAUAACGGAGAAAUCCCCGGAUUUUAUAAAUCCAUACCGCACAGAGCGAGACGACGUUCUUCACACGGCCGAAGCUUUCCAGAAGAUCCUGAGGGAGGAGGAGAAGAGGAGGAGGAAGGAGGAGAAAAGGAAAGAAAUCCGGAAAGGCCCCCGCAUCUCCCGCUCUCGCUCCGAGCUAUAGCGCUGCUCGUCGGCAGGUGUGAGGAGCAAGAGAAGAGGAGGAGGAGGAGGAGGAGAAUCAGGAGGGGCGUACCCAGAAGUCCACACGGAGUGGCCCAACAUGUAGACUGCGAUGACGGUGAAGGAAACAAAAGCUGCCGUCCAUUGAACAAAAGUGAAGGUGCUCUGAGGAGGAGAGCGGAGUCCUCAGUGUGACACAGCAAAGUGGUUAUUCAGAGGUUAGUCAGGUUCUGACCGGGGCUUGAGCUGCUGUCCAUCGGCAGGGAUUUCUAAUUGGAGAAUCUAACUGUAUUACCGGAUGUUUCCGGGAAAACGACCGAAAGUCGUUUUCAAACUCGCGGAGGCGGACAAAUUUAUCGGCACCCCUGGUAAAGACGUGCCUUAAAAUAAAUGUUUUUUUUGGGGUUUUUUCAGCGGCAUAAUCUCACACCGAAAACAAUACACAAACCUUCAAUUUGAGGUUAUUUAUUUUCUGGGGAAAUGUUUGUACCCGUAGCACAAUGUAGGGGGGGGGGGCCCCAGCCAUCAGUACGUUACACAACCCUGCUCCGCUUGGAGAGUGCAGAGAGGACAGGAAGAAGUUUGAUCUUAGCCAGAUGUUUUUGGAGCAUAAUCCUGCUGAAGCAUUUAAUAAAGACACAUUAUCCUCCCACAUUUGUAAGAAGAACCUAAUAUUUCAAAGCUCAUGAUGCCGUGCCACUAACAAGAGCCCACAGUGUCACAGAUGCUCCAACAUGCUCGUCUGGAAGAGCUUUUUACCGCAUAGUCAUGCUUUGUUUCAUGCCAAAAACACGCUUCAGGUGUUUGUUGCUUAAAAACUCGGCCCCAGUUUCACCCGAGCAAAGUACGCGUUUAGAGUUAAAGUCCCCAUGGAGCUUAGGAAACUCCCCGUGUUUGCUUUUGUGAUGUUAGGAAAUAGACAGGCUUGUUUUGUUUUGUUUUUUGUCCUGACAUCACUUCCUAACAACUAAUAACCCAAGGAAACAGAAAGCCACAGAUUAGGUUAAUGAAAACCGAUUGGUUUUAAAAGGCAAAUACUAAAUAAAAAAUAAAAACUUGUUUUAAAGGAAUUGUUAGGGCUACCAGUAAUUGUGCCAUUGGUGAUUUUGUUAUUUCUUAAACUUUACCCCUCCAACACACACACACUGAAUAAGCCUAUAUAAUACCUACGGAUGAGAUAUAACAUUUUCUUUGUGUGAGAUUAUUCUGCUGCAAUAGUGAAAUGAAUGUUUCAAAGAUUUUAACACGUCUUUACCGGGGGAUCCUGCAGAUGUGCCCUGCACAGUAUUUGGAAUAUUGUAACUGAACUUUGGUAUAUUAUUCAUUUAAAAAGUUUACUUCAGAACUUUAGAAACCCCUGAUGUGUUGUGUCUGGUCCAGAUUUAACGUGUGUUAAACCCAUAUGCUUUAAGUAUGUGUAGAUGCAGAGUAUAAAUUUGACCUGAUUUAACCGUGGCCUGGUUUUCUUUGGGAUGAGCUCAACUGGUUUUUGAUUUUAAGGGGUAUAUUUUGACUGAUUUUCUUUUUUCUUUGAUUUUUGGUUAAAACAAUAAAAAAAAUGAAAGAAUUUUCCCUCGUUUGAUGAAGUUUCUGGGACACCCUUUCAUGUUUACCUAAAAUGGUUUUAUAGUUUUUUUUAUUGUUAUUCUUUGGAAAGGGAUCACCUCCAUCGUUGCUUUUACCUCGUACUUGUGCUUAAAUGUUUGUUUGUUUUUUUGAACAUGUAUUUCUUUAAGAAGUAUAAAUUGUGGGCCUUCACUUUGUCUUUGCUAAACCUGUUUUCUUGUUAUCUUAGCGUUGUCAUAAUUUAAUGCUUUAUAUCUAUAAAACUGAGAUUGGUGUAAUUUUAAAGUAGUAUGACGACUGUUAUAAAGAGUAUAUGUAUAUUCAGAGAAAUGAUAUCAUUGCUGCAAGACCAACAAGCCAUGUUGCUGAGACCUAUGAAAUAAAGUGAUUCUGAUUCUGUUCUA